UCGCUGAUUUGAGUUGUUUUUCGGUUGUGUUGUUGGACGCCGGGGGUUAGCACUUGGUAUGAAUAAGACAGAAUGAACUUUACUCCGACACAUACACCCAUCUACAGAAAAGUAUCAGUUGCCUCCAAACGUGGUGCUGGCUCUGGCUUUGGUGAUACCAACAGGUGGAAGAAAAUGGCAGACUCAGUGGAGUCAACACCCCUGCCUUCAGUGAAGGAUCGCCUGGCUGUCCUUUGCCCUUCUCAGGAGCUUCUGGAGUAUUAUCAGAAGAAGAUGUCUAACUGUGAGGCAGAGAAUGAAGACCUGCUGAAGAAGCUAGAGCUCUACAGAGAAGCUUGCGAAGAGCAGCAUAAACUUGAGUGGAGCUUGCAGCAGAGGGAGGAAGAGAUUGCGGAAUUGCAGAAAGCUCUAAGUGACAUGCAGGUCUGCCUCUUCCAGGAAAGGGGACAUGUUUUAAGACUCUACUCAGAAAAUGACCGACUAAGAAUCAGAGAACUGGAAGACAAGAAAAAGAUUCAGAAUCUGUUAGCUCUUGUGGGACCUGAUGCCGGUGAAGUGACCUAUUUUCAUAAGGAGCCUCCCCACAAAGUCAGCAUUCUCCAGAAGACUGUGCAGGCCGCAGACGUGUGUGAGCCUUCUACUUCCAAAGCAGGCCUCCUCACGCACGCAGCCCUGGCUGGUCAGGUGGAAGCACUUCAGGCGCAGCUGGGAGAGCAGAUGAAGCUUUCGAGAGAGCAAGUGGAGGGGCUCAUGGAGGACAGACGGAUCCGAGUUGAGGAGAUCCAAGUUCAGCACCAGAGAAACCAAGAAAAAAUCAAGGAGCUGACCAAGAGUCUCCAUCAUACCCAAGAACUGCUCUACGAGAGCACCAAGGACUUUCUACAACAAAAAUUUGAAAACCAAAAUAAAGAGAAAGUAUGGAUGCUUGAGAAAGAUCACCUGAUGUCAAAGAUUACGCAGUAUAGAGCGCAGUGUAAGAAGAAAGAAGACAAACUUGGAAAAGUAGUUCCCAUUUUACACGAGAGUCAUCAUGCUCAAAAUGAAUAUAUUAAGUCUCUUAAGGAUAAGCUAAUACAAGAGAAAAAGCUGUCCAGCAUGUACCAAGAACAGUGCAUUUCCCUAGAAGAGGAACUUGCUCGAAUUCGGGAGGAAGAAGGAGUGAGGAGAGAGAUCUUCAAGGAUCGCUCCAACAAGAUGGGCAAGCGCUUACAGAUAAUGACAAAGCGCUAUCAGGCCUUGGAGCAUCGACGAGCCCUGGAAGUAGAAGGCUUCAAGACAGACAUUAAAUCUCUCCGACAGAAGCUGAGAGACCUGGAGCAAAUGCUCUACAAGGCAACCAUGAACAACACCCAUGGAAAUCAGGACCUGGCCAUGCUGUGUGAAGUCCGUGACAGCAACAGGAGAGCUCAUAAGAUACAGGGGGAACUGAAGAACCUCAAGUCUAAAGUGUUUGGGCUGGAGAAUGCACUGAGGCUGUGCUGAUAGCCCCUUUUAGGGUUGGCUUCCGGAGACCUGAGGCAAGGUCACCUGUGCCCAGAAAGGGGACAUGGAGUUGUCUAGAGUAGUGGCAUCAGUUUUAAUAAAGAUGGUGUUAAGGGCAUGAUAGCUCAUACCUAUAAUCCCAGGGCUUGGGAAUCUGAGGCAGGAGGAUUGCCACAAAUCCAUGGUGCAGGCAGGUGGGUCUCUGUGAUUCAUGGCCAGCCUGAUCUACAAUAGUGACUUCUAGACCAUCCAAGGCUAUUUAAUGAGACCCUGCCUACAGAAAAAACAAAAACAGAAAUAAAAACAGAAAUAAAACAUCAAAACCAGAGAGGAGAGCAGGAAAACAGUGGCAAGCCGGGCUCUGGCACAGCUGCCCUGGCAGACUCUGCCGUCUCACCAUCCUGCUAGCCUUGUCUUUUAUAUACUGACGGGCUUUUCUUUCUUUGAAAAAUCAGUGAUGGGGAUGUAGCUUAUUUGGUGAAGUGCUGUCGAGCAUACAGAAAGCCCUGGUCCUGUCGCUAGCACCCCUAAAGCCAGGUUUGGUGGCUCACCUGUAGUCAGCACUGGAGAGAGCACAUGUGGGAGAAUCUGAAGUUCAUUCACCGUUGGCUAUAUGGUGAGUUCCAGGCUAGCCUGGGCUACACAGGACCAUGUCUAAAAAUGAAAACAAGAAACAAACAUGCAAAAAAGAGAAUAAUAACUUAGGAAGAGCCAGUUUGCUGAGCUUGCUAAGUGUCAGUGGGAGAAUGUGUUCCCUGGAGGACCACACUCAUUCACUGAAGUCAUUCACUCAGGAAUUACAAACACAUGGAAAGAUUCACAGACUUAGCUGCGUUCCAAGUUACUGACCACCAGGGGGCAGCAUAGCCCUUGCUCAAGUAAAAUUGGUCCUCAAGAAAAGGUGCUGCUACUUUAUGUACAGUGGGCCAAAUCAAAAUGACAUUUUAUGUGAAAAAGUUUGACAUUUUAUCCAUAUUUUUUAAAUUAUUCAGAUUCAGUAUUUUCAAUAAAAUGUG